UACAAAAAAAUUUUUGAAUAAUACGUUAAGAAAAUUUCCAAGAGGAAGUAUUUAAAAUGAAUUAUCGUAUUCUUUCUCGUUACCAUGGAAUUACAAAAUAAUUGAUUUAACAAGAAAUAUCAUCGCGUACUGUUCCUUAAAGUGACGUACAAAUUGUUCGUGUAUAAUCAUAAGUAGAAGCUGAUUGAUAAAAAAUGCAAGCUAAAAAAAGAAAAGUCAAAACUAAAAAAGUAAAGAGAAAAUAUUUGGAUGAAAAAGAAACUUUGUCUUAUGAACAAGAAAUUUUGGAUAAUAAUAGACAAUUAGCACGAUUAAGAACUGAAAAUGAAAAACUGGAAGAAGAAGCAAUGCGCAUAAAAGAAAAGUUCCAACAAUUAGAAGAAGAUCGUUCGGAUAUUAUAGCAUAUUUGAAAAGAAGUUUAGAAAACAGAAUCGAGGAAUCGAAGGAACUUUCUGAGAGGGUUGCUGUUUUGGAAGAAUUGCGAAAGGAUGAAUUAGCUGCGUUUAAGAAGAAGGAAGAUGCAAUGCAACUGGAAUAUAAGACAAUGGAAAAUAAUUUAAGCGCAGAAGUUAAAUUAGCUGCUGGUAAAUUAAAUGCAUUAGAAGAUUGGCGAAUAGCCCGACUUGAUUUGAUGAACAAAUUUGAGAAACAAGAAAAGGAGAUGGCUGAACAAGAAAUGCGUCAUAAAGAGGAACUUUACGAAGCCGAAAAAUCUAUAGUUACCAAAAAAGACAUGAUGCAAAAAGAGAUGAAGGAACAGUUGCAAAUUUUAUCGGAAAGACUUCUGAAAGCGGUUACACUACGAAUAACAGAAAUCAUCAAUCGUACAAUUCGUGAAAACGUGGCGUUGAAUCGUGAUCUAGAUAAACUGUUAGAAACAAAUAAGAAACUCGAAAAUAUUAACAUCGAACACAAAAAAGUAGAACAGAUAUUAAAGUUAAAAUGGCAAUUGUAUGAAAAGGAAGCGGAAAUUACACAAAAUAAAAUAGUGAAACAAAGAAAUGAGAUGCAUAAAAUUGUUGAGAAUUUUGAAUCUCUCCUAAUAUAUUAUGGAAAAGCAGAAAGAAGUAAUGUUCGUCUUAAACGAUUAGAAGAUAUUUUGCAAGAUAAGAUUAAAGAAAAUGAUAUGUUAGAGAAGGAAAUAAAGAAAUGUAAAAAGAAUAUCAUAAAAGCUAAAAAUGAAAGUGAACAAUUAACGAAAUUAACUAUAAAAAGAGAGGGAGAGUUAAAAUCUUUGAAAAUUGUUUUAGAUAACGCUACUAUUUUUCUUAACAAGGCUAUAGAGAUUGUAGAAGAAGUUUAUAGUAACAACAAAUGCCUUGGACCGUUAGCAUCAGAAAUGCUUCAUUCUCUUAUGGAAAUAUUGCAAACUGAUACUAUUAUCAAUAUUGUAGAUUACACACCAUCUGAGAUUGAUAAAUUUGAAUGUACAUACUUAUUGGGAUCUUUGGGUCUUAUUGAACCUGUUAUAUCCAGUAUACCUGUUAAAAAAGAAGAAGAAGAAGAAGAAGAAAGAAGUAUUCACAUACCGGAAGAAGAAGAACCAUUUAAACCAUUUAAAGGAUUAGAAAAAAUAGAAACGUUAAGUGACAUCAGCUCUACUAUUUCCUCUCCCAAAGAAGAUUAAUUCUUAAUUGUAAAUUUUGGUACAUUAUUAUAUUAUAAUUUUAAAUUAUAUGGAAGUUAUA